AUGGCCGUGAUUCCUGCACGUGAGCUGUUCAUCGACGGCACCUGGGUCGCGCCCUCCACGGGGCGAUACCUGGACGUUGUCAACCCCGCAACGGAGGAGGUCAUUGGCCGCAUCGCCGCCGGCGCGGCGCCGGACGUCAACGCCGCGGUCGCCGCGGCGACGGCGGCGCACAAGCGCGGGUCGUGGGGCAAGCUGACCGGCAAGCAGCGCGCUGAGACGCUGCGCGCGAUCGCGCAGAAGAUCAAGGACCACAAGAGUGAUCUGGCGCGGUGGGAAACCUUGGACAUGGGGAAGCCGAUUGACGAGGCGGAGUGGGACAUGGAUGACGUCGCCGGCUGCUUCGAGUACUACGCCGGCCUGGCUGAGAAGCUUGACGCGCGGCAGUACUCCCCCAUUGAUGUGGGCAUGGACGAGUUCAGCGUCAAGGUCCGCCGCGAGCCCCUGGGUGUGGUGGGGCUGGUGACGCCCUGGAACUACCCCCUGCUCAUGGCCGCGUGGAAGGUGGCCCCCGCGCUGGCCGCGGGCUGCUGCUGCGUGCUCAAGCCGAGCGAGGUGGCCAGCGUCACCUGCCUGGAGCUGGCCGGGCUCGCCUCCGACGCGGGGCUGCCGCCGGGCGUGCUCAACGUGGUCACGGGGCUGGGCCAGGAGGCGGGGGCGCCGCUCUGCUCCCACCCCGGUGUCGCCAAGCUGGCGUUCACAGGCAGCACCGCCACCGGCCGCAGCGUUGCGCUGGCGGCGGCCACCAACCUGCGGCCCGCGACGUGCGAGCUGGGGGGAAAGAGCGCCCUCAUCAUAUUUGAGGACGCUGACCUGGACAAGGCGGUGGAGUGGGUCAUGUUUGGGGCCUUCUGGACCAACGGCCAGAUCUGCAGCAGCACGAGCCGCAUCCUGGUGCACUCGUCCAUCGCCGCGGACUUUUACGGCAAGCUCAAGGCGCGGGCUCAGUCCAUCAGGGUGGGGGACCCCCUGGAGCCCGGCUGCAGGCUGGGGCCGGUUGUCAGCGAGGCCCAAUACAGGCGCGUCAGCAGCUACGUGCAGGCCGGCAUCGACGACGGCGCCACGCUGCUGACGGGCGGCAAGCGGCCCGCGGUGUGCCCUCGCGGCUUCUACCUCGAGCCCACCGUGUUCAUCAACGUGCGGCCCCACAUGCGCAUCUGGAAGGAGGAGAUCUUCGGCCCUGUCCUGUCAGUGUCGACCUUUGAGACCGAGGCAGAGGCUGUCGAGAGCGCCAACGACAGCGAGUUUGGCCUGGCCGGGGCCGUCAUCAGCGCCGACGAGGAGCGCUGCAAGAGGGUGGCUGAGGCGCUGGAGGCCGGCAUCGUGUGGGUCAACUGCAGCCAGCCCUGCUUCUGCCAGGCCCCUUGGGGCGGCAUCAAAAACAGCGGCUUUGGGCGCGAGCUGGGGGAGUGGGGGCUGGAGAAUUACCUGAGUGUGAAGCAGGUGACCACCUACGUGUCGCCCAACCCCUGGGACUGGUACAGCCCGCCCAGCAAGCUGUGA